AUGCGCCAUGUGCGAUAUGAACAGAUUCAACCAACAAAACGCAGCCCGCAACCCCCUUUUGUCUCUGUUCCCAUUGUGUCUGCGACCCCUGAUGUCUCUUGUCUGACUCUGCCUGGUGUUUGGACUGCUGCUGGAGCGCUAUCGGCUGCUGCCGCCCUAGACACCGUUGGUCCGUCACCGCCGCUGCACCGCCUGGCUUCAGUGUUUGCUGUUUAUCGCCUGGCUUCAGUGUUCACUGUUUAUCGGUUGAGGUCCAAAAGGAAUCGGCUGAAGAGUUCAGCAAUAUCCGGUGACGAUCUGACUCCUUUGGAAGCUAUGCAGUCGGUGGAUAGCAUGGUGGAGUGACCUGAAGAACAGAGUUGCAAAUGUGACCCAGGGAUAGAUGUACCCGACAUUUAC